AUUUUAUUUACUGUUUUAUUGAGAGUCAUACUUUACAAAUGGCUUAUGAGGGAGGGGUUACAAGUUACUGCCUCUUCUCUGUGGGAGCGGUGGGGGAAUGCAGCAGUCUGGUUGGGGUGUAGCCAGUGCUGUGGAGCUGCGGUCGGAAGCAAUUAUUGGGUGACUGGAGUCGGUAAAAAUGUAGUGACUCCUACUAAAUGUACUGUAUAUGCUGGCAUGUAAGUCGAUCCGGCAUAUGUCAACCCCCAAAAAUAAGAGGUGUAAUAUAGGUUCAGGCCUAUAUUCUUCGGAUAAGUCGACCCCCCAGAAUAAUGGACAACUUUUUGGCAGUGCUGUGGAGUCGGAAGCAAUUAUUGGGUUACUGGAGUCGGAGGUUUUGUGUACCGACUCCACAGCCCUGGGUGUAGCGAGCAAUCAGGUCUUUAGCCGAUGUGUUGUCCUCUUGGAGUUACCGAUUAAGUGCUUUUUAAGGCUUCUUUAGUCUUUAAGUUAUUCGUAAUGUGGCCACUAAUGAAUAUUUCAGCCCUUCACACAGUGAAUGUAAGGUUCUGUGAUUCAGUCACAUUUCAUUGGGACCUGUUUGGUUGGGGAGAAGAAAAAGCCCAAGGGAUGCCAGUUUCACCAUCUGUAUAGUAACUUGGAACCUGUCUGAGUGCUUGUGCUUAAUGAAGGCACACAUGCAUGCGCUCACACGCACAUACACACAUGGACACUGCACUUCUCAGGGACAAAAACAAUUUACUCAUGAUCGCUCAUCACAUCUGCUGGUGCUGCUCUGCCUCGGGAGUCUGUUUCUGUAUGAUAACAGUAACUGGGCAGAUCAUUGUUCUGCUGAAGGCAUUGCUGCAUGAAUGGAGGUUUUUGAAAUUAACUCGGCAGUUUUGAAAGGAUUAGCAUAAGCGUGGUUUGAUUAACACAUCUCUGAAUGACUUGAAGCUGCUGUUACAGAACGCAAACAGCUGUUUAUUCAGUAAGUGGCACAGACAUUAUCAGGGUGCUGCAGAGGCCUUGCUGGGCUGGUGCCCCUCUUCACACAACGAACUGGAGAACUUCUUGUGAAACGCAGUUGUGAAAGAGGAACUGGCGUCACAUUCUUACCUAAGAAACCUUCGGGAACCCAGAGGGAGAGUCAAGGACUUCUCGUCCGCAGUCACAUGUAUGCGCGGUGUUCAGCCCGCACCUGCUCUCCCUCCCCCAUUCUGCAACAGAGGUUUGUGACCUUUUCGUGAUGACGCAAAAUUCUACCCUGAAGCUCGGUGUCCUAACAGACCUGUGGGCUGUAGAUGGAGCGGAAACGUCCAAGGAAUGCGAAAGGAACAACCAGUGAGCAAUGUGGAACAGAGCAGUACUUGGUGACCAUGUGUGGUUGUGGUUCCAUGAAGAAUCCUGCUGUGAAACCCUUGAACUGCCUUUGAAGAAUCAUUUCAAUUAAAGCAAUGCAAUAUAAAUGGAUAAAGAGUUCUCAGAAACAAAAAAAAGUUGGCUGUAUGUCUCGCUGAUUAAAAUCAGGAAUUUGUCCUUUAACAAUUGAAGCAAUAAAAUAACCUGCUCUUCAAGGCUGUCACACCCGUUGUGCUGAAUGCAGAGUACCCUGAUUUGUGGUUCAAAGUCUAGUCUCCGUAGUAUCGGAGGAGCUCCGGCCCGAGUGAGCCACCGGCACGUUGUCCUGAGAAUGCUAACGCAGACCCGUGCCUGGGAAGGAGCUCCUCCAGAAGAGGCGCCUAAUAGUUUGCUUCCACCAACAUGUCUCUACACAUUUUAGCACGUUAGCUUCAUAGCUAUGGUGCUGAGAUGAGAAAGCAAUACAAAGGAGUUAAGUGGUUCUGAACUAAUGAGAAGCAGAUGUGGGCUAGACAAAGUUAAUAAAUUGUCUCUGAAUUGUCUGUUUUUCGACUUUUGAGGAGGAGACACAUUGUGCGACAGGAAGACCUUCUUCCUCUCCAAAUAUUGCUUGUCCUUUGUUUAGGAAGCAGUGCAGCUGUAGCAUGAGAAAAUGAGGUACGUGACACUGCUGAGACGGCCAGCUUUAGUCCUACCCCACUUUGCAAAGUCCUGGGACAUUUUCUUCCGCAAUGCCAAUGCUGGUGCCCCACCAGGUGCAGCCUACCAGUCGCCCCUGCCUCUGGGUGGUGACCUACGAGGCCCAGGUCUGGGCCAGGCAGUGGUAGGUUCGCAACCCAGUGUGGAGAAGCUCGUGGAGGACCACUUGGCCGUACAGACGCUCAUCCGUGCCUACCAGAUACGUGGGCACCAUGUUGCUCAGCUGGACCCGCUGGGGAUCAUGGACGCUGAUCUGGAUUCUUGCGUCCCAACGGACAUAAUCACAUCCUCGGAUAAACUUGGUUUCUACGGGCUGGAUGAGGCAGACCUGGACAAAGUGUUCCGUCUCCCCACCACUACCUUCAUUGGGGGCAAUGAGAGCGCCUUGCCCCUCAGGGAGAUCAUUCGCCGCUUGGAGAUGGCCUACUGCCAGCACAUCGGCGUGGAGUUCAUGUUUAUCAACGACAUCGACCAGUGUCAGUGGAUCCGACAGAAGUUUGAGAAACCUGGGGUGAUGCAGUUCACCCUAGAGGAGAAGAGGACACUGCUGGCCAGGAUGGUUCGCUCCACCAGGUUUGAGGAGUUCCUGCAGAGGAAAUGGUCUUCAGAGAAGCGCUUUGGCCUGGAAGGGUGCGAGUCACUCAUCCCGGCCCUAAAGACCAUCAUUGACAAGUCGAGCGAGAAUGGCGUAGAGAAUGUCAUCAUGGGCAUGCCGCACAGAGGUCGCUUAAAUGUUCUUGCCAAUGUGAUCCGCAAGGAACUGGAACAGAUCUUUUGCCAGUUUGACUCCAAGCUAGAGGCUGCAGAUGAGGGUUCUGGUGACGUCAAAUACCACCUGGGCAUGUACCACAGGCGUAUCAACCGCGUCACCGACCGUAACAUCACCCUGUCCCUGGUGGCCAACCCCUCACACCUGGAGGCCGUAGACCCUGUGGUGCAGGGCAAGACCAAAGCCGAGCAGUUCUACUGCGGCGAUGCAGACGGCAAGCGGGUAAUGUCCAUCCUGCUCCAUGGUGAUGCAGCGUUUGCUGGCCAGGGCAUCGUGUACGAGACGUUCCACCUGAGCGACCUUCCGUCCUACACCACUCACGGCACCGUGCACGUCGUGGUCAACAACCAGAUCGGGUUCACCACGGAUCCCCGCAUGGCCCGCUCCUCGCCGUACCCCACCGAUGUGGCUCGGGUCGUUAAUGCUCCCAUCUUCCACGUCAACGCCGACGACCCCGAGGCUGUGGUGUACGUGUGCAACGUGGCAGCUGAGUGGCGGGCCACCUUCCACAAGGAUGUGGUUGUGGAUCUGGUGUGCUACCGACGGAACGGCCACAACGAGAUGGACGAGCCCAUGUUCACGCAGCCGCUGAUGUACAAGCAGAUCAGGAAGCAGAAAGGUGUGCUGCAGAAGUACGCCGAGAAGUUGAUUGCAGAGGGUGUGGUCACCCGGCAGGAAUAUGAGGAGGAGAUCUCCAAAUAUGAUAAGAUCUGCGAAGAGGCGUAUGCACGCUCCAAAGAUGAGAAGAUACUCCACAUCAAGCACUGGCUGGACUCUCCUUGGCCUGGCUUCUUCACUUUGGAUGGCCAGCCGAAGAGCAUGAGCUGCCCGUCCACCGGCCUGAACGAGGAGGAGCUCGAGAACAUCGGACGGGUGGCUUCCUCGGUGCCCGAGGAGGACUUCACAAUCCAUGGAGGUCUCAGCCGCAUCCUCAAGGGCCGGGCGGCAAUGAUCCAGAGCCGCAUGGUGGACUGGGCACUUGGCGAGUACAUGGCGUUCGGCUCACUGCUCAAGGAGGGCAUCCACGUGCGGCUCAGCGGGCAGGACGUGGAGAGGGGCACCUUCAGCCAUCGUCACCAUGUGUUGCAUGAUCAGAAUGUGGACAAGAGGACCUGCAUCCCCAUGAACCACCUGUCGUCCAACCAGGCCCCCUACACUGUAUGCAACAGCUCCCUGUCGGAGUAUGGUGUACUAGGGUUCGAGUUGGGCUUCGCCAUGGCCAGUCCCAAUGCCCUGGUGCUGUGGGAGGCCCAGUUUGGAGACUUUCACAACAUGGCCCAGUGCAUCAUCGACCAGUUCAUCUGCCCCGGUCAGGCCAAGUGGGUCCGUCAGAAUGGCAUCGUACUGCUUCUGCCCCACGGCAUGGAGGGCAUGGGCCCAGAACAUUCCUCCGCUCGACCAGAGAGGUUCUUGCAGAUGUGCAAUGACGACCCGGACGUGUUCCCGAAAAUCACGGAGGACUUACCCGUUAGGCAGCUGUAUGACUGCAACUGGAUUGUGGUAAACUGCUCCACCCCAGCCAACUACUUCCAUGUGCUCCGGCGGCAGAUUCUCCUUCCCUUCCGGAAGCCACUCAUCAUCUUCACGCCCAAGUCCCUCCUGCGCCACCCGGAAGCCAAGUCCAGCUUUGACGAGAUGCUGCCAGGCACUCAUUUCCAGCGCAUGAUCCCAGAUGAUGGCUCUACUUGCAAAAAUCCUGGGGCAGUGAAGCGGCUCAUCUUCUGCACGGGGAAGGUCUACUAUGAGCUGGUAAAGGAGCGCAGGAGCCGUGGCAUGGAGGACACAGUUGCCAUCUCGCGCAUCGAGCAGCUUUCCCCGUUCCCUUUUGACCUGGUCAAGGCGGAGACAGACAAGUUUCCACAGGCAGAAAUUGCGUGGUGCCAGGAGGAGCACAAGAACCAGGGCUACUACGACUAUGUUAAGCCCCGCCUCCGCACCACCACCGAUCAAGCCCGGCCUAUCUGGUACGUGGGUCGAGAUCCUGCUGCAGCCCCGGCAACCGGCAACAAGAAGGCUCAUCUUGUGGAGCUGCAGCGCCUCCUGGAUACAGCCUUUAAGCUGGAUGCUUUCAAGGGCCACUCCUAGCCCUCUCACCCUAGUUAUCCCCAGCCUCCUCUCCUCCCUGUCCCCAAUGACCGCUUCCAUGCCACAUAUGUGUAGCUGCCCACCAACCCAGGACCCUCACCCAUCUCGCAAGCCCCAUCCUUGCGCCCUCACUGGUGUCUCAGAGCAGACCCAUCCACCCAGCAGCGGCCAGUAUCUUUUUCAGUGCAGUGACCCAUCCUACUGCUGACAUCUCCAUGAGAUCGGUGUGCGACACCAGAAUUCGUCCUGCGCCCCCACCCAGAACACGCUGUGUCCUCAGCUGCUCUGCCCCAAUUCAUGCUCUUGGAUUCAGUCUCCUGGAAGCUGGUCCAGAGGCUCCCACGCUCAGUGUUCACGUGAGCGACUGACUCCAACACAACCGAAGCGGUGAGACAGGUUCUGGAUGAUGUCAGCAGAUUGCUCUCUCAGCUCUGGAGAACUUCUGCUGAUGGAACUGAAGUUCCCCAGAAAGAAGAGACUUGUAACGCCACUCAUAACGGUUCCUAUGCGGAGCCUUUCGGCAUGUUUACGCUAAAAGGUACUCGGUGUCCGUUAUCUGCAACUCAUAGUGGCUGGAGCUGAAUGGACGUGGUUCAGCGGGGUCUGCGGAAGGUGAGCGUCAGGAGUUGGUUCCUCUGGUGCUCAGGUGCAGGAUGCCUCCUUAGCACGCAACUUCACUCAGGAUCCUAGGGCUUUCUUACCCUCUCCCUCUACCCAUAGCAACAAGCUCACUAGCAUCUUACAGUCCCUGCAAUGAGGAGAGGGGCCAGCGAGGGUUCGGUCUAGCACCUCUUUCCGCUUUCACUCUGACGUUCCAGUUCUCAGAAGUGCUGCUGUUUGGAAAGCGGAAGAUUGCACACCAUUGUCAUGCCCUGUCCCACCCCCACCUUUCCUUCCUUUUCCUGUGCCAAAAACUUGUGGCAAAUAUUGAAGACACCAAAAACAGCUUGAAGAAGAACCGCACUAAUUUAUUGACCUCUAUUAACGUGACAUUUUAGCAGGAACUUGUAUAAAA